UUCACUCUCACAAAAAAAGUACAACUCUCAUCAUUGAUCAUUGAAUUGAAUCAUUGUUUUGUACAAAUCGUAAUAUGAAAUCUUGAUUUUGGAUUAAUCUUAUCAAUAAUGUGCAUUUGAUCGUAAAGUAAUCGUAGCGAUAAAAGAAUAUCAGCCUCAUAUCGUAUUGUAAUGACUGUCAAUUCAGUAAAGCGUGACAGUGAACGGGAGAAAUAAUUUAUUGUAAUUCCUUUUAGCUAGUUUCCGACAAAUGUAAUUUGGUGCUCGUUAUGGAGGAUUAUAAAUUUCUAUUUAAAGUUGUAUUAGUUGGUAAUGCGGGUGUUGGCAAGACAUGUUUAGUACGUCGUUUUACGCAGGGGCUAUUUCCCCCUGGGCAAGGUGCAACGAUCGGAGUGGAUUUUAUGAUUAAAACUGUGGAGGUGGAUGGCGAGAAAGUGAAGCUACAAAUAUGGGACACUGCGGGCCAGGAGAGGUUUCGAUCUAUAACUCAAAGCUACUACAGGUCGGCACAUGCACUGAUCUUAGUUUACGACAUAUCUUGCCAGCCAACCUUCGACUGCUUGCCUGACUGGCUGCGGGAGAUUGAAGAGUAUGCAAAUAAUAAGGUGCUAAGGAUAUUAGUUGGUAAUAAAACCGACAGAGAAGACAGGGAGAUACCCAGGCAUAUAGGAGAGGACUUUGCACAGAGACAUGGGAUGUAUUUCCUGGAGACUUCAGCUAAAGAGGCUGAAAAUGUGGAGCGGUUGUUCAUGGAAAUUGCUGUUGAAUUGAUGGAGCAAGCGAAAUGCAAGGAGCUGCCCAAAUACGACGGUAGUUUAGGUCCCAUAAAUGGAAAGACAACAUCAGUCGGCGACAGUUCCUGUUGUCUCCGCUCUUAAACUUACGAAUUUAUCUCAUUGAUAUUAUUAGUGUUGUAAUAGCGUUUUUAUAAAGAGACUGUUUUAUCGAUAUUUAAAAUCGAUUCGAAUUUAAAUUCGCAUCAUCAAAAAAGUAAUAUUUUCUAAAUAAUUUUUAUUGAGACAUUAAAAUU